AAGCGAACAGCAAUUGUGACUGGUUCGAGCCGUGGAAUCGGCGAGGCCAUCGUUCGCCGCCUGGCAACUGAAGGCUAUGCCGUCAUCGUCAACGACGUUGCCGCCAACACGCAUGAUGUGGAGAGCCUGGUCGCCGAGCUAAACAUGAUGCACGGCCAAGGUACAUCUGUCGGGAUCAUUGCAGAUGUGACUUCAUCCUCAGAGGUCAAGUCCAUGGUUGAAGAAUCUUGCCAGCGCCUCGGCCCCUUGACAGUCAUGGUGGCCAACGCUGGCAUUGCACCCAUUGGCGCUGCUCUCGAAAUAUCUGACGAGGACGUUUCACAGACGAUGGCCGUCAACUUUGCUGGAGUCUGGAACUGCUAUACUCACGCGGCGCGACAGAUGAUGGCCCAGGGGCCCGUUCCCGAGGGUAGCACAGGAUACAAGAUCAUUGGGGCUUCCUCAAUCGCAGCAUACAAGCCGUUUCCCCUCCUGGCCCACUACUGUGCCUCCAAGGGCGCUGUGAGAAGCUUGACGCAGGUUUUCGCCAUUGAAAUGGCCCAACACAAGAUAAACGUGAACUGCUACGCGCCUGGGAUUGUGGGAACCGCAAUGUGGGAGCAUAUCGAUAGGACACUAGGCAAGAUGCAGGGUCGCGCCGAGGGCCAAACAAUCCAGAAGUAUGUCACCGAGCUGACGGCAAUGGGAAGAGUAAGCGUUCCAGAGGAUGUGGCCAAAGUGGUA